UCUGCAUGUGGCCGCAUACAGCAGUGUGUGCAUCUCUCAGUAGAGAUCAUGUAACUGCCUGCCUUUCUCAUUCAGAGUGUUGAUGUCCUCAAUGACCCAAUCAACUGCCCAGUGCGGUACCCAACUCUCAAUCUCAACGAGUCGUCGAUAUUGAUGGUUACUGGUAAAAUGGGUUUUCCAGAUCCGCAUGACUGGGACAAGGAAUUGAAUACAGAUGCGCUCAUCAAGUUUUUUGCCCCACCUCUGGGUGUCACCGUCCUUGUCAGCUUCAUCUUUGGUGUGCUCUACCUCGCGCUUUUGCGCAUCAUUCCAGCCGUGGUCCUCUACUCGACGAUAGCCAUCAUGGUGGUUGCCCCGGCUGUGCUUGGGGUGAUAGCGUACAAUUAUGUCGAUCUUCGUCAGCUGGACACCAACCAGGUUAUGAUGGCAGGGGGGGGGCUGGCAGGGGUAACCCUCGUCGAGUUGUUGUUCUUUUACUUUGCCAGGAGCAAGGUCGAGCUAUCAUGCAAGUUACUUGGUGUGGCCGCAGUUGGACUCGAUCGGAACAUCUCACUGCUGUUCUUUGUCCCCGCCUUAAAUAUACUUCUCCUGAUGGUCAUUAUUCCACUGGCGGGUCUUAUGGCUGUGACAUACACAAAUGGAGAGCUCAUGCCAAAUCCACUAGUAAUGGAUGGAAAAUGUGGUUUUAACACAGGGCAUGCAUGCUGCCAAUGGAGAUAUGACAGAUGGGUACCGUACUAUCUGGGUUGGAGUGCAUUCUCCAUCUUGUGGACAGUCAUGCUUGCUUUUGAGAUACGUGUCUUCACGGUUGGUGGAACUAUUGCACAGUGGUACUUUGCAGAUUAUGGAUCAUCUCAUGCUUCACUGUGCACAUCCUUUGGGCAUGCUUUGGGGCCUUCUCUAGGAACCCUUUGUCUGGCUAGCUUCAUCCUCGCUCUUCUCCAGACUGUGAAAGAGAUCAUUGACAGAUUGAAGCGGGACCCAGAGAAGCGAGGGAGCUAUCUCACUGAGAUGGUCGCCUGUUGCUUGGAGUGCAUGUUCCAGAUCAUCGAGUUCAUCAGCAAGUUUGCGACUAUCACUGCAUCGAUAACGGGGGAAGGAUUCUGGCAGGCAACCAAGAGUGCAUCCUGGCUGUUGAAGCAGAGCCUGCUGUCUGCGACCAUAGUCGAUAGGCUGUCGGUAGUUGUGCUUAAUGCGGCAGCUCUCGUCCUUGCUUUGCUUUGGGGCGUUGCUCUCGGUUUCUUCUGCUACUUCAACUGGAGGCAAAAUCCAGUCCCUGGAUUCACCGAAGAAGAAGCAAUGCCUUUGGCAGUCGUAGAAGGUGGGCUUGCAUUUUGCAUCAUCUUCAUUGUGCUUCGGUUCUUUGCCACCGUCAUGAUCAAUGUGGUGGACGCGGUGUACAUAUGUUACGCAAUCGACAAAUACGGGGGAAUGUUGACGAUGCCUGAGAUUCAUGAGGUUUAUAGCCAGGUCCCUCUGGUGAAAGGAUCUCGCAUUCGAUCACAGGAGGGGUGGAGCAUCGAUGAACAGGAGUACGAGUACUUGAGCAAUUAUCAGCCGCAGCCACAGUGAGUCAUCUCGUCCUACUCCUUUUCAUCUCCACUUCCAUGGGCAGCUUCCGUAUCGGGUUUGACGGAUGCAUGGCUCAUGCAUUACUGCGUUUCACAUUCACUGUCGAUGCUCGAGGUGGAUGCGAUUACGACGGUGAUGGUCGUCGUCAUGGGGACUGAGCACGAGGAUAGCAACGAGAUAAGGACAAGUCGGACAGUGGUUAUGGGUAGCGACGAUGGCAAUGCUGCUGAGGAUGGUAAGGGUGAUGAGGGAGGGUAGCAUGAGUACUUCCUUUCCAGUCGAUGGGAGAGGUCAUCGGUCAUUGCCAGUACACAUUGAGCAUGAUAACUGUCAAAAGAAUCUACGGCAGCGGACCCAACCAAGAGUGAUCUAACAAACGGUGAAGCAGGUGAGACCUGACAAGUACGCUAUUACAGCAGCCGCAUACCAUUCACCCUUUCUUCCGAAGCAGUGAUCCCCCAUUCGGGCCUCGAUCACACCGUUUCAAGUUGUGCAAGGCUUAUCGGUCAUCGCCCAAGAGUAAUAGGGUACGGGGUAGCGAUUCGCUGCAAAACAGGUAAUCGAAUCGACUGUGCGUGUGUGAAUUUUAUCUGCCUGGAAAGCAGGAUCUUGAGCUUGUUAGAUGAAAUUUCACAUGCACUAGGCGGCAUUAUGGAAUGGGAUCAGAAGCAUCUGCUCACUGGCAAGGAAGAUUUCACAUCCAUCCAUGGGCGAAUGAUAAGAUGAUGACAGGCUCACAGACGUCGCUGAUGGGCGGAACGACUCCUCCUAAAAGUAGUGAUCAGCUUGUCGCGUACUUUCCACAGAGAGGACAACCGACACCACCUUCGCUGAGUUGUUUCCUGAAUAUAAGGGUACGACUCUAAAUUGAAGCUGGCAAAGAUGUCAAGAUGAACCGGACACACAGAGGUCCACAUGCAUUCCAGGUUGUAUGCAAGUUAGGUCGGUCAUAUUCAUACUUGGACUUUUUCGACCGAAUCUGGUCAUGAGUGUCCUCAUGUACGUCCCAGAUAAUCCUAUUGUGAGGAUGGUCAUCGUAGAGUAGAGUUGUACUUGACGCUGUAUGUCUUUGACAAACUCAAGUUGGGAACACAGGUGAUCGAUCCUAUUGUGAGGAUGCUCACAGUAGACUUGCACUCGACGCCAUAGGUCUUUCUCUCCUUCCGUUGUGCCAUAGAUUUCUGUCUCUUUCACUUACUACCUUGAUUAGUCAGUCGCACUCACACUGGUCAGUCAGGGAGGGACACAUGAGCUCAUCAGUGCUAACCACCAUAGAGUAGUCGUUUGACCUUCCACCCCAAUUAACGAUGCACGAGCUAAGCACUCACACCCUAGAGUUACUUAAAGGUUCCGACUUUUCAACACCGUUCUUAUGCGCGUGUAGGGUGUUCAUUUAUAGUUUGUCACCCCUUUUUAACAAGUUUUAUACCCCUUUUCAAGACCCAAAAGCAGGUUAGUAGCAGACAGGCAAAAUACUAAAAUAGUAAAAUACGCUCCGCAAUAUUAUCUCCGGAUUAUUAUUAUUAUUAUGCUUACGAGUGUUGUCACUAUUUAACCGCAAGCGUGCCAUAUUGACGAGUUUCGGAUAUUACCAACCGGCCUACCAUAGUCCAUAGCUCAGUUGGUACCCCCAUGAACCGUUGAAAUAGGAAUACAGACCUGAGGUCAAAUCCUGAUGGAAAAAAAUCAAAUGGGAAGCUCAGUGCGCACACUCGAGAGUAAUUAAAGAUGAUGAUGGAUAUGGAUCCUGUGUCCGACUUCGACUUUCACCACAAGUCCUCACCGUAUGGGUGAGAUAAGCAAACGGUAGAUCGAGGAUUUACCGCAGUUCGAGUCCAGAUAGCAUCAAAUUAACCGCAGUUCGAGUCCAGGUAGCAUCAAAUUAACUAAGUGUAACUAUCGUGAUGAUUAGGAUUGACUGGAAGCGAACGGUGAUCGCUUCACAGCCUUCACCUAGUUCCCGCUCCCUUAUGCG